GUGGCCCGGUGCAGAGGCCGCCCCCCCCCCAGCCAGGCGGGGAGGAGGGGAGGCGGCCACUGGCUCCUCCUCGCUCCCCUCUGACCCGGUGUCUAGUCUCUCCGUCUUCCUGUUCCAAACCACGUGGACGCGCCGGGGGCUGUGGGGCUGCGGGAGGCAGCUAGGGCCGCCACCGCCGUUGUAUCCCCCCGCCGCUCGGGUUGCGCCCUCCGCGUCCGUCUGAAGUCGCAGCUCCCGGACUGCCCGCGCCUUUGCAGAGGGCGCGCACAUGGCGACCCAGACGCACUGCCUCAGCUACGCGGGGUGCAACUUCUUGCGCCAGCGUCUGGUCCUGUCUACCCUGAGCGGGCGCCCCGUCAAAAUCCGAAAGAUUCGGGCUAGAGACGACAACCCGGGCCUCCGAGAUUUUGAAGCCAGCUUCAUAAGACUGUUGGACAAAAUAACUAAUGGUUCUCGAAUUGAAAUAAACCAAACAGGAACAACCUUAUAUUACCAGCCUGGCCUCCUAUAUGGUGGAUUCGUGGAACAUGACUGUAGCGUCCUUCGCAGCAUUGGCUAUUACCUGGAGAGUCUCCUUUGCCUGGCUCCAUUUAUGAAGCACCCAUUAAAAAUAGUUCUGCGAGGAGUAACCAACGACCAGGUUGAUCCUUCGGUUGAUGUUCUUAAGGCAACAGCACUCCCUCUAUUGAAACAGUUUGGGAUUGAUGGUGAAUCGUUUGAGCUAAAGAUUGUGCGACGGGGAAUGCCUCCUGGAGGAGGAGGCGAAGUGGUUUUCUCAUGUCCUGUACGGAAGGUCCUGAAGCCCAUUCAGCUCACAGAUCCAGGAAAAAUCAAACGUAUCAGAGGAAUGGCGUACUCCGUGCGUGUGUCACCUCAGAUGGCAAACCGGAUUGUGGAUUCUGCAAGGAGCAUCCUGAACAAGUUCAUACCCGACAUCUAUAUUUACACAGACCACAUGAAGGGCGUCAACUCUGGGAAGUCUCCGGGCUUUGGGUUGUCACUGGUUGCUGAGACUACCAAUGGCACCUUCCUCAGUGCUGAACUGGCCUCCAACCCCCAGGGCCAGGGAACAGCAGUGCUUCCAGAGGACCUCGGCAGGAACUGUGCCAGGCUGCUGCUUGAGGAAAUCUACAGGGGUGGCUGUGUGGACUCAACCAACCAAAGCCUGGCACUACUGCUCAUGACCCUUGGACAGCAGGAUGUUUCCAAAGUCCUGCUAGGACCACUCUCUCCCUACACGAUAGAAUUUUUGCGGCAUUUGAAGAGCUUUUUCCAGAUUAUGUUUAAAAUUGAAACCAAGCCAUGUGGUGAAGAACUCAAGGGCGGGGAUAAAGUACUGAUGACCUGUGUUGGCAUUGGCUUCUCCAACCUUAGCAAGACGCUCAAGUGAUAACUGUAACAAGAUAAGGCCCCAGUGCCUACGGACAAAGCAGAGACUGCCAAGGACAGCAAAGGGACCAAGUCCAAAUGUAUUCUUCCAGGACAGGACAGCUACUUAUAUUAAAGACUUGCUUCAUUUUCUGUUUAAAAAAAAAUCUCUAUGUAAAUAAAAGAUAUCUCUGUAUCAUGUGGUUUCCUGCCAUUUCUCCAGUGGCAUUGAUAUUCCUCAGGAGACCCAGUCACCGUAAGUUCCCUCGGCUUACCUGGAGGAAGAGUGUGCCUUCGGGACAUGGUUGUCCAGCUAGAACAGUGUUGCAGCUGCGUUCAGCCAUGCUUCCUCAGCCCACAUGGCUGGGCUUAUGUCAUCUGGUCAUUUUCCAGACCUGUGGAGUAACCUGUGGUUACUGUUCUUUCUGGAAGGACUUAACCUCUUUGAGCCUCGGUUUCUAUUGUAGGGAUUAAAUGAGAUAAUAUAUGUGGAAGUUAUUUUAUGAGUUGUGCAGUGCUGUGCAAAGGUCAGAAAUUGGUAUAUUAGACUAUUUGAUCUCUUCUGAAUGGAUUGCUAUUAUGGACACAGAUACUGAUCCUUAUCUGGUUCAUUGUAUGCUUAUGUGAGGGCUGGGUAGCUAUAGAGGACAGGAGUCCAACUAAAGUUCUGGGUGUUUUCUGCAGCCCAGAUGUGCUAUACAUUUUGUUUUAUUCUUACAAUAACCCUAUAAUGUAAAUUUUAUCUCCAUAAGAAAAUUCAAAAAGGGUAUUUUGUUCCUUUGAAAUUUAUAAUGUAAAGACAUUAGAUCUCCUGAUGUUAAGAUCUAAAUGUAA